AUGUCGGCCGUGGCGACGUCGCCCCAUGCCGAGGCGGCGGACAGGAGCGGAGACGGCAUCAUGCCGCUCGAGCCGCGGCCGUUCCGGCCCUUCAAGACGUCCGAGGAGUACCUGUACGCCAUGAAGGAGGACCUGGCGGAGUGGCUCAACAUGCUGUACGUCCUGCGCAUGACGGCGGAGAACUUCAUGGAAGUGCUGGAGACAGGCGUCGUCCUCUGCGAACAUGCCAACAGUGUGCGCCUGUACGCCGACCAGUUCCAGUCGGGCCACCUGGCGCGCAGCGGUCGCCGCUUCUCCGUCGGCUUCCACGUGCCCAGCUGGGAGGUCAACUACAACCGACAGGCGCGCGCCGGCUCAUUCUUUGCGCGCGACAACAUCUCAAACUUCAUCCGCUGGUGCAAAGAGCUGGGCGUGCUCGACUGCCUCAUGUUCGAGACCGAGGACCUGGUGUCGCGCAAGAAUGAGAAGCACGUGAUUCUGUGCCUGCUGGAGAUUGGUCGGCGCGGAGCCAAGUUCGGCAUGGCAGCGCCCAUGCUGGUGCAGUUCGAGCAGCAGAUCGACCGGGAGAUCGCCGAACCGUUCUACGCGACGCUGGUGGUGCCACCCGCGGAGGAGGCUGGCCUGUCUCCCGACAACAGGCAGCUCUCGUUCGUCGCGCAGGGCAGCCUCUACAACCUAACGCUGCAGCCUGCACCGUCCUUCGUCGACCCGGACUUUCUCGUGCUUCACCGCUACGAGAACUUCACCUCGAUCGCGCGCGCCGGCGGCGGCCGAUCGGGGUCAUGUUUCUACUGGGGCGAGCUGGCGCGUGAUCCCGACAGUGACCCCGAGGCUGACCUGGACCGGAGUUCAGACCCGGGCAGUGACCCUAAGGGUGACCUGGACCGGAGUUCAAACCUGAGCGGUGACCCUAAGGGUGACCUGGACCGGAGUUCACACCCGGACGGUGACCCCAAGGGUGACCCGGACCGGAGUUCAGACCUGGACCGUGACCUGGGUCGUGACACCAGUGGUGAAUCGAGCUGUGAUCCCGACUGUGAGCCGGACGGAAGCGAGGAGCGUAACGAGGACCGUAGCCCGGAGGCUGAAGAGGAUGUGAGAGAGGACCGCACCGGCCGGCCUCGCCGCGCCGUCGCUCGUCACCAGCUGACCAUCGAGCUGGCCGUGUUCGUCGACCUGGCGCUGCAGAAACAGAUGAAGGACCUGUAUGGCGAGCACACCGACAACGAGAUCACCCGCUUCGUGAUGGCCAUGGUGAACGCCAUGGAGCUGCUGUACGACGACUCGUCGCUGGAGCGCAAGAUCCGCUUCGUACUGAAGCGGCUGGAGCUGCUGGAGACGGCUCCUGCCGAGCUGGAGCAGCAGCGCGACAUCAACGCCUUCCUCACGAGCUUCUGCAAGUGGCAGCAGCGGCACAACCCAGCGGCGGACGAGGAUCCGCUGCACUGGGACCACGCCGUGCUGCUGACGGGGGUGGAUCUCUUCACGGCGGCCAAGACGGCCAACAAGCGCGAGGUCAACCGGCAGGUGGUGGGCUUCGCGCCCGUCGGCGGCAUGUGCACCGCCGCCAGCAGCUGCACCGUCAACGAGGGCAAGGACUUCGAGUCGGUGUACAUCGUGGCGCACGAGAUCGGCCACAGCCUGGGCAUGCACCACGACGGCCAAGGCAACGCCUGCAACGAGGAGGACCACAUCAUGUCACCGACGCUCGGCACCGGCAAGAACACGUGGUCCACGUGCAGCCGCGACUACCUGGACCGGUUCGCGGCUGCGCGGCAGGCCGACUGCCUGCGCGACUGGAGCCUGGGCGGGGGGUUCGCGGCGCAGCGGCCGUCCUCGCUACCCGGCGAGCGCAUCGGCGCUGACGAACAGUGCCGGCUCAAGUACGGGCCGAGCAGCGCGCGCGCCCGCGAGCAGCCGCUGAGCGAGGUGUGCGUCAACCUGCACUGCAAGUACGACCACCACCGCUGGACCAGCCACCCGGCGCUGGAGGGCACCGCGUGCGGCUACGACACGUGGUGUCGACGCGGCCAGUGCGUGGCACGCGAUGCCGCCGGCAGCGCUGCGCCCUCGGCGCCAGCCGAUGGCGGCUGGAGCCAGUGGAGCGAGUUCUCACCGUGCGCCAGCUCGUGCCUGUACGGCGCCGACGGCUCGCUGGCGGCGGGCAGCGCCGGCGUGCGCGAGCGCUUCCGCCGCUGCAACAGCCCGUACCCGCGCAACGGCGGCACAGAGUGCACCGGCGGCGCGCGCCAGUACGAGACGUGCGACGCGACGGCACUGUGCGCGCGCGCCGGCCGCCGCACUGUCACAGAGUACGCGCAGGAGAUCUGCGCCAAGGCGGCGCGUGGCGACCGCAAGCUGUCCGGCCGCGGCAUCAGCCGCGUCACCAGCAACGCCUUCGACGCGUGCAACAUCUGGUGCGAGCGGCGCGACGCCGGCUUCGAGCGGCACCGCCAGUCGUUCCCCGACGGCGUGCGCUGUGCCACGCGCCACACGACCGGCCUGCGGCCGCAGCACUGCGUCGACGGUCGCUGCCAGGAGUUCGCCUGCGACGGCGACUCGCUGUUCGCGGCCGGCGCCGACCCGGUCGGCUGGGCCGCCUGGCGCUCCUACUCCCGCUGCCGCUUCAGCUGCACGGCGCCGGCUGAGGGUCUGGAGUUGGUGCAGCGGCGCUGCCGGCGCGCGCCCUGCCGCGGCCUGCACAAAACGGUGCGCCACUGCGCGCCGCAGCUGGAUGGCACCGACUGCGUGUCGCUGCGCACGCCGUUUGAGUACGCCACAGACGUGUGCCAGCGCUACCGCGAGAAGCUCAGCCUGAGCCAGCUCUCGGGCAUCGGCAUGCAGCUGGCGGCGUCGGCCGAGGACCCCGACCGGCCCUGCACGGUCACCUGCCAGGACCGCGACGCCUCGCUGCGCUUCUACCGCGUCAAGGGCCGCGAAGGCUGGUUUCCGUCCGGCAUGGACUGCGCGCGCGGCCGCGAGCAGCGCACCGCCUUCUGCCUCAGCGGCAAGUGCGUCGACUUCGGCGGCGACGGCACACCGCUGCACGACUCCAAGUACGACUACGCCUUCCUCUUCGAGUCCAGCUUCCGCUUCCACCGCGUCAUCCGCGCGCUGCGCAACGGCACGGUGCCGCGACGCGGCAGCGUCGACCGCGCCUUCAUCGAGAGCGUCAUCGCCGAGCUGCGGCUGCAGGAAGGCAGCGGCGCCGCGGUGCCACCGGCUCAGCGCUCGCGAGACAUCAGCGCCGACGACAUCGACAUGGGCAACCCGCUGCUGCUGACCGAGCUGCCAGCCGACUUCCCGGCGCCGCCGCUGGCGCCCGUGGGCAACGAGCUCGGCCACGCCUUUGCGCUGGGCGAGCCCGGCCGGCGCGUUCGCGACCUGGUGGAGCGGUGCUCCUGCCCCAGCCAGUUCCCCAUGAUCCGCGUCUCCGAGGGCAAGUACCGCAUCGGCGACACCAAGACGCUCAUCUUUGUGCGGAUUUUGCGCAACCACGUGAUGGUUCGGGUCGGCGGCGGCUGGGACACGCUCGAGCACUACCUGGACAAGCAUGACCCGUGCCGGUGCAAAGCAGGGCACCGCACCGCGAUCGCGUCCAGGCUGUUCAUGAAGAGCGGGCCGCACGACGGCGAGCGCCAGCUGUCCGGGGUCAAAUACGAACGACUGAACGACAGCGACGCCGACGCCUCCAGCCCGGCGACGGCAGCGGCGCGGACGCCCAUCAGCCACCGCAGCUCGCCAGCGCCCAAGCGCCGCUCCGCACACACGCCGCCCGGCAAGCGGCUGUACGAGGAAGCGUCGGGCGACUCCAGCUCCGAGGUCUCCGACGAGGGCUACCGCUCGCAGGGGCCCUGGAAGCUGGCCACCGGGCUCAAGGAGUCCGAGCACAUGGGUACGUAA